CAGCGACAGACCGAAGAUUCGUAUCAGUCUCGACCAAACUACUGCAAGAGCAACACGGAAUCGCGAUGUUCACAUAUCGACUAUUAAUUCUAGCGGCGAUAAUCUUGUCGGCAAAAAUCAUAUUCGCCGACAUCCUCGUUCCCAAUUACAAACUUCAAUAUAGCAAUAAUCCGUCUUAUCAACAACCUCAAUCUGUAAUUGAAAUUCCGCAUUACAAGGUGCCAUCUGCAGUCGUGCAAUAUGCAAAGCAAAUAACGGUCCAACCUCCGAAACAAUCUUUGGAAGUUCAGACAGCGCCUCAAGCUCGAUCAAAUUUGAUAGGAUAUCCAUACCAUUCAAGAUAUUAUCACCAUCCUUAUCAUAACCACCUAUUUACAAGACCAAACAAGUAUCAUUACGUGAAGCUAGGAAGCCGAGACCAUGUGCGGCCCUCAAUAUUUGUCGGCUAUGCCAAUCCUUUGGCAGCACACUACCGGCGUAAAAGAUCAACCGAUCUUACAAGCACAUCUGACAAACCCGCGGUCCCUAAUGUGGCCACGAAGUCGGCCUUAAUCGACACUAAACAUCCUACAGCCAUCGACUCGCUACUUCCAGAAAAUGAAUCUACCGAUACUAAUGAUAAACAUGUGAAGAAUCGUCGACGCGACGCCGAUUUUGCAACGAAAUCAUUUUUAUUCGGCUUGGAUCCGAAUAAAAUGCACUCCGAAAUUAAGGGCAAAACAGAGGACGAAACACAACAUUCGCUUUCCAAACGUCAUCCCGCUACUCUAAUUACGCCAGUAUUUCUGUCCCACCAACAUACACCAGAGUCUAUUAAAACAACAACAGUAACCGAACCGGCGCACGAAAUGUUGACAACUUAUUCGGAUAAAGGACAAAGUCGAGAAGCAUCUAGUACUAAUUACGAAAAUCCACAACCCACUCCCAGUGUACCUUCUACUACAAAAAAUUUCGAGCAACCUUCGAACCCGAUAACUAUAUCCCAGACGCAGUCGUCAGAAAAGGAAUCGCAUGAGGAUAGUAAAUACUAUAACUAUGGCACCACAUACCCGUACGUUUCGCCAAUGUCAAUAAAAUAUCCAUACACAUAUUGGGUUUGGCCCAAUUUUAUAUCCAAUGCCGAAACGCGUCCAAGUAAUGGCGAGCAAUAUCCACUCAUGCAACAAAUCGAUCAAGCAACUUUACAGAAAACUAUAUAUAUUGACACAACCAACACCCAGCUAAAACAGGAUACGACAAGUCCGACAAGCAACCCGAAGUCUUCGAAAAAUGAGAUAAUCAGUGCGCCAAAUCCUCUCAUACAACCUUUUUACACAUAUCCUUACACCCUCGCAAACCAGUAUUUCGGUGAAUAUGUAAAAAAUUAUCAGAAUAACAAGAUAGAUAUCGAAGAUGAUGACGACUAUAAUGACGACUAUAAUGACGACUAUAAUGACGACUCUGACGAGGAUGAUUAUGACAACGAUCUUACAUCAUAUGUGACCAAUAAUUUCCAUAGAUAUCUAAAUAAAAAUUUCGCGUAUUCAAGAAAUGUUCCGUCAAAUAAAGUUUAUGACAAUUACGCGAAUGCUCAAAGUAAUGCACCGGUGACGUACGUCGUUUCAACUUCACCGGAUGUACAGCCACGUUUAAACACGUACGCAUAUCCAUAUUAUUAUCCGACAACAAAGACGUACGCGACUUACAGACCGUACUAUUACAAUUACAAAUAUUAUUAUAAUACGAUUUAUCCAAAUUAUCAAAACGUACCAAACGUAUAUUACCGCGCACUUUCGUCACCGAUUUCUUCUUCUUAUUAUUAUUAGUAAAGCGUUGUUACAGAUA